GAAGCCCAUUAGUUUUAGCGUCCAUCUAACGCAGUUGGGCAAGAUCCAACGAUUCAAAAUGAAAAGGAAGAAUAUCUGAGAGUGAGAUACAGAAAAGAAAAAGGAAACCCUAGCUGGAUAGGUCAAACAUCAUCAUGUCGGACGAAGAGCACCAUUUCGAGUCCAAGGCAGACGCCGGUGCCUCCAAAACCUACCCUCAGCAAGCCGGUACCAUUCGCAAGAACGGCUACAUCGUCAUCAAAGGACGCCCCUGCAAGGUUGUGGAAGUUUCGACUUCCAAAACUGGAAAGCACGGUCACGCCAAGUGCCACUUUGUUGGAAUUGAUAUUUUCACUGCCAAGAAACUUGAGGAUAUUGUGCCCUCUUCUCACAACUGUGAUGUUCCUCAUGUGAAUCGUACUGAUUACCAGCUCAUUGAUAUUGCUGAGGAUGGAUUUUUGAGUCUGCUUACUGAAAAUGGGAACACCAAGGAUGACCUCAAGCUUCCCACUGAUGAGAGUCUGCUCACUCAGAUAAAGGAUGGAUUUGCUGAGGGCAAGGAUCUUGUUGUGUCUGUCAUGUCUGCUAUGGGUGAGGAACAGAUUUGCGCCCUGAAGGAUAUUGGGCCAAAGAACUAGCUUUUGGUGCUGGCAGCCUGUUGUUUCUAUUUAAGCAAAGAUCCUUUUGUAAGCCUUUAUAUUGGUUUGUUCAAGACCUGGCUUAUGGCUUAUAGAUUCUAGUCAGACUAGUCUUAACAAUGGUGUUUAUGGAUGUGGUCACAGAAACUAUAUCACAUUUUUUCUGGUUUUCUAUGCUGUCCUAUGACUUUGUUAUAAAGGAGGAGUCAAAUGUGGGAAGGUUUUUUUUGGUAUGAUAUGAUGAGAUUUUCAUUGCCUGCAUUGAUGAAAA